AUGCGAAUAAACGUAAUUUAGUAAUUUUAUAAAGUAGCAGUAAAUGUCAGUUCAUCAAAAAUGAUGAAAUAAUUAUCAAAACAUUAUCAACUUAUGCUGAUACAAAGAAUUUCAAUUAACCUCAUCAGUUAUAUGGGAAGACAUUUAAAAAUAUUAUUAAUCAAUAUUACACUAAAAGAAUUAAUGGGAUAUUCCAGAUAACUGAGAUUAAAUAAGAUCAUGGCUUCAUUUUAUCAGAAUUGGAGACUACUAAAUCUCUUUCUAUUAAUAAUUUGUACGAAAAUUUUGAUUCUUAAGAUGAAAAAGUUUAUGCUAAAUACAGCUUUUAUUUGGAUAAUUUAACAUAAAUAUAUCAAAUUUCAUAUCCAAAAAUCUAAUAAAGUUUAAGCGACUUUGGUGGUUUAUGCGAAAUCUUUUUUUUAGCUGCAUUAUUGAUUGUCACUCCUUUAAAUGAAUUAUCUUAUAAAGUUACACUAUUAAAUGAGCUUUUCAAUUUUAAUUUAAAUGAUUCAAAUGGUGAAUAGCAAUAAAAAAUUCACCCUAGUAAUAAUGCUAAAUAACGGUUAAAAUCAAUUCAAUUAAAAACCUCACAAUUAGAGAGAAUGAAUAGAUAAAUGACUACAAAUGGUAGGAAUUCUGAAAAAAAUGAUCAUAAAUUUUUGAUCAACGCUUUAUAGGACAGUAUUAAACGAUUUUUUGACGAAAGAAACAGUAAAUUAGAAUUAUCAUUUUGUGAUUACAUUCCUUGUGCUAGAGGUAAAAAGUAAUAAUUAAUUUCAUAUUCUAUGAAUAAAAUUAAUAAUUCUCUUGAUAUAACAUAUAUUGUAAAAAAAUUGUAGGAAAUUGAUAAAUUAAAAAUGAUUUUGUUAUCACCAGAUUAAAUAAAAUUAUUUGAUUUUCUUCCUAAACCUAAUAUAGAUUUAAAUUCAAAUAAUAAACUCUCCUAUUUUUCAAUUUUAAAGUCUGAACAAUCUGAACUUGAAAAAGCUAUUGAAGCAUAAACUGCCUUCAAUAAUCUUGCAAAAUUUAAAGAUGAUUAAAUUAAUUAACAUUUAGUUGAAUUCUUAGAUGAUGAUAUUAUUUAAUUAUUUAGGAUUAACAUGAAAAAAGAAAUUAAAAGUCUCACUAAUUUUUCUCCUGUUACAUAAACACAUUUUUUGUCUGAACUUCCAAGUAGAAUGCCUUAAAUUGAAUAAUAAGAUGAUUCAGGUUCAGAAUCUUCUCCUUCAAUCAGAUCUAUUGAAAAAGGAGAUUAAUGA